AUGAAGCACAAAGAUGGAAAACCGGUGUCUCAUCCUGAUAAAAGUUCCAGGAUUGUUCCCAUGGCAAUAAUGUUUGUUGUCCUAUGUGGGUUUUCAUUCUAUCUUGGUGGAAUCUUCUGUUCUGAGAAAGACAGAAUUGGGGCCAAGGAUGUCACAAAGGUGGUCUCCUCUCCCAAGGAAUCGUCGGUUGCUCCUCUCCAAAUUAAAUCCACUGCAUUUCCUGAAUGCAGCAGUAACUAUCAAGACUACACUCCAUGCACAGAUCCAAAGAGGUGGAAGAAAUAUGGUAACCAUCGGCUUACUUUCAUGGAACGCCACUGCCCUCCAGUUUUUGAAAGGAAGGAAUGUUUAAUUCCACCACCGGAUGGGUAUAAGCAACCAAUCAAAUGGCCAAAGAGUAGGGAUCAAUGUUGGUACAGAAAUGUACCGUAUGAUUGGAUUAACAAGCAGAAAUCUAAUCAGAACUGGCUGAGAAAAGAGGGAGAGAAGUUCCUCUUUCCUGGUGGGGGCACUAUGUUUCCAAGAGGAGUCGGUGCCUACGUCGAUCUGAUGCAAGAUCUUAUCCCUGAAAUGAAAGAUGGAACCAUUCGCACAGCCAUUGAUACUGGGUGUGGGGUUGCUAGCUGGGGAGGUGAUUUAUUAGAUCGCGGGAUUCUAACUGUUUCUCUUGCCCCAAGAGAUAACCAUGAGGCUCAAGUCCAGUUUGCAUUAGAACGUGGAAUUCCUGCAAUUCUUGGCAUCAUUUCCACACAACGGCUUCCAUUCCCAUCAAAUGCAUUUGAUAUGGCUCAUUGCUCCAGAUGUCUUAUCCCAUGGACAGAAUUUGGUGGAAUUUAUCUUCUCGAAGUUCACCGUAUACUCCGUCCUGGUGGUUUCUGGAUUCUGUCUGGUCCCCCUGUUAACUAUGAAAACCGUUGGCGUGGCUGGAAUACUACGGUGGAAGAGCAGAAAUCAGAUUAUGAUAAGUUGCAAGAACUGCUGACUUCGAUGUGCUUCAAAUUGUAUGACAAAAAGGAUGACAUUGCUGUGUGGCAGAAAGUUUCAGAUAAUAGUUGCUACAGUAAGCUUACCAAUCCUGAUGCCUACCCACCCAAGUGUGAUGACAGUCUUGAACCAGAUUCAGCAUGGUACACUCCACUCCGCCCUUGUGUUGUUGUUCCAAGCCCAAAAAUUAAGAAAUCAGUUAUGGAGUCCAUCCCCAAAUGGCCAGAGAGGUUGCAUGUUACACCUGAACGUGUUUCAGAUGUUCAUGGUGGAAGUGCUAGUGCUUUUAAGCAUGACGACAGCAAGUGGAAGAUUCGUGCAAAGCACUACAAGAAGUUGCUACCAGCACUUGGAUCUGAUAAGAUAAGAAAUGUAAUGGACAUGAAUACUGUUUAUGGAGGUUUUGCUGCAGCUGUGAUUGAUGAUCCCCUGUGGGUCAUGAAUGUCGUCUCGUCCUAUGCUGCCAACACACUUCCUGUGGUUUUUGACCGUGGCCUCAUUGGAAGUUUUCAUGAUUGGUGUGAAGCUUUCUCAACUUAUCCUCGAACUUAUGAUCUCCUUCACCUUGAUGGCCUCAUCACUGCAGAAAGCCACAGAUGUGAUAUGAAGUAUGUGCUUUUGGAGAUGGAUCGAAUCCUACGACCCACCGGUUAUGCAAUAAUACGAGAAUCCAGCUAUUUUGUGGAUGCCAUUUCUACCAUUGCCAAGGGUAUGAGGUGGAGCUGUCGUAAAGAAGAAACUGAAUAUGGGGUUGAGAAAGAGAAAAUAUUGAUUUGCCGGAAGAAACUCUGGUAUUCGUCUAACCAAAGUUCAAGAUGA